GUGCAGACAGACGCCCAGUGCUGAGCUGCUGCUGAAAUGACAUUCGGCCCGGAAUAACCAAGCAGCCCUUUGGAUUGCCAUUGAUUGGAAACCUGUAAUAAAAAUUAAGCAAGGAGACUGAAUUCCUGUCAGGGAACGGAAAUAAAUCAUAUCAAUGGCGUCGGGCAGCGUGAACCCAUUUAACGUUAGCGACUCGGAGGAGGAAGCGGAGCCGCAGAGGAGCGACGAGCGCAGCCCUGGGGAUGAAGCACCACCAGGCCGGAGCCCAGGCCCCUUUUCCCCGCAGGCGGACCAGGAGCCAGGCACGCUUCUGCUCCCCAACAGCCGGAUCAGCCCCAGCGCGGACAGCGUACAGGCCUUAGGCAUAGGCGGUGCAGCAGGGCUGGGAGGCGGCGGCGCGGAGCCCCGGGUGUCCGUGGACGCCAUCGCGGCUCAGCUUCUCCGGGACCAGUACAUCCUCACAGCCCUGGAGCUGCACACGGAGCUUCUGGAAGCUGGAAGGGAGCUUCCCAGGCUGAGGGAUUAUUUCUCCAACCCAGGCAAUUUCGAGAGGCAAAGCGGGACUCCGCCCGCAGGCAAGGAGCCUGGACUCGGUCCUGGAGGAGCCCUGACUGUGCAGGUACAGGAUAAAAAGAGAAGAGUAGCCGACGCUGUUCAUGCGAUGGACCGGGCCGGCAGCAUCAGCACCCUGGAUUCUCUGGAUUUCACACGCUACUCAGAUGACGGGAACAGAGAGUCGGACGAAAGAGUGGCAGUUUUGGAGUUUGAACUACGGAAAGCCAAGGAGACCAUUCAGGCACUGCGCACCAACCUGACUCAGGCUGCAGAAUGUGAAAUCCCUUCCCAGGAGCGCAAAAACUACAAAUCCAGUCCUGAAAUUCAGGAACCCAUUCGCCCUCUUGAGAAACGAGCCUUAAAUUUUUUAGUGAAUGAAUAUUUAUUAAAAAAUGAAUACAAGCUGUCGUCCAUCACAUUCUCAGAUGAAAACGAUGAUCAGGAUUUUGAGCUGUGGGAUGAUGUUGGCCUGAACAUCCCGAAACCUCCAGACCUGCUGCAGCUGUACAGGAACUGCGGCAGCAGCCAACCAUCUCACAGGGAAACGGCAGACGCAGCUGUGGGAGUGGACAUCAGCGACCUGCCUGGGGACUACAUUACCAAGGAGGCUGUGCAGAAAACAGAAACCAUCCAGCAAAAGGAGGUGGUGCAGGAGCUGGAGUAUCAGAUUAGUCUGCUAAACAGUGAAAAACAGAGUCUGGCUGAACAGAUAAAGAAAUUACAGAGCGAGAUCCAGGAUCUCCAGAGGAACGUGUCGUCUCCUGUAAAAGCCCAGGUGGAGUGUGGGGACACUAAAACAGGGCUCCAGUGUGAAAAGAGUCUGGAUAACGGGCAGUAUCUGGACAUACGGGGGGUCACUGAGGCCGACACUGCUACAGAACCCAACUCAAACACUACCACCAGCACCACCACCACUACUGCUACUGCAACUGACCAUGCUGCUGAACACUCCUCGCCCUCCACCCAACAACACAGCAAGUUCAAAAGUCCCGGACAACACAGCAAAGGCCCCGUGCAGUUUGACCAGCCCAACAGAAAACUGUCUCCGGCAUUCCACCAAGCACUUUUGUCCUUCUGUCGAAUGUCUGCUGACAGCAGGCUUGGCUCUGAGGUGUCUCGUAUUGCAGACAGUGAGGAGAGUGUGAUGCUGAUGCUGGGCCGUUGUCUCCCACACAUUGUCCCCAACGUCCUGCUGGCCAAGCGCGAGGAGCUCAUUCCGCUCAUCCUGUGCACAGCCUGCCUCCACCCCGAGCCCAAAGAGAGAGACCAGCUGCUGCACAUCCUCUUUAACCUCAUCAAGAGACCUGACGAUGAGCAGAGACAAAUGAUCCUCAUGGGCUGUGUGGCUUUCGCUCGUCAUGUGGGUCCAACACGGGUGGAGGUGGAACUCUUACCACAGUGCUGGGAACAGAUAAACCACAAGUACCCUGAGAGGAGGCUGCUGGUGGCGGAGUCAUGUGGAGCGCUGGCCCCCUACCUGCCUAAGGAGAUCCGCAGUUCUCUGGUGCUAUCCAUGCUGCAGCAGAUGCUGGCGGAGGAUAAGGCCGACAUGGUGCGAGAGGCUGUGGUCAAAAGCCUGGGCAUCAUCAUGGGAUACAUCGAUGAUCCAGACAAAUACUCCCAGGGUUUUGAGCUGAUGCUGCUCUCUUUGGGGGAUCUGUCGGAAAGAGUUGUCACUGCGACACAUCAAGUGUUUAUUCCUGCCUUUGCUGCGUGGACUGUAGAGCUGGGGAACCUGCAGGCUCAGCUCAUCCCCUCACUGCUCAGCCGCAUAGAGAAACUACUGCAGCAGGGUGAGCAUGGUUUAGAUGAGCACAAGCUGCACACGUUCCUGUCAGCGCUGCAGUCUCUGAUCCCUCCUCUGUUCGCCCUGGUGCUGCAGAACGCUCCUUUCACUAGCCGAGCGAAACUACAGAGCGACAUCACGCCCAUCGAGGUGACCCGGUUCCCGCGGCCUGCCUCCCCACUGCAGGACGUGGCCACCAUCAUAGGCAGCCGGGAGCAGCUGGCUAUUCUGCUGCAGCUUUAUGAACACCAGCUCCAACAUGAGGGCACCACAGGCUGGGAGACCCUGCUGUGGGUGGUCAACCAGCUUCUCCCUCAGCUCAUAGAAAUUGUCGGCCGCAUCAAUGUCGCCUCCACCACCUGCGUGCAUGAAUUCUCCAGAUUCUUCUGGAGGUUGUGUCGAACGUUCGGGAAAACGUUCACCAACACCAAGGUGAAGCCUCAAUUCCAAGAAAUCCUGCGGUUAUCCGAGGAGAACGUGGAUGCCUCUGCCGGCAAUGGCAUUUUGACCAAGGCCACGGUGCCCAUCUAUGCAACUGGGGUGCUAACAUGCUACAACCAGGAGGAAGACCGCAAAUUAUUGGUGGGCUUCCUGGAGGACGUUAUGACCACUCUAUCUCUUUCCCAUGCUCCUCUCGACAGUCUAAAAGCUUCGUUUGUGGAGCUGGGGGCUAACCCAGCGUACCACGAGCUGCUGCUGACCGUGUUGUGGUACGGAGUAGUCCACACAUCGGCCCUUGUCCGCUGCACCGCUGCCCGCAUGUUCGAGCUGUUGGUGAAGGGGGUGAAUGAAACGCUAGUAGCUCAGAGAGUUGUUCCGGCACUUAUCACUCUCUCCAGUGAUCCUGAAAUCUCAGUGAGGAUAUCCACUAUUCCUGCUUUUGGGACCAUUAUGGAGACUGUAACACAAAGAGAGUUGCUGGAGAGAGUAAAAAUGCAGCUGGCCUCUUUUCUGGAAGACCCCCAGUAUCAGGACCAGCAUUCAUUGCACAUGGAGAUUAUAAAGACAUUUGGACGAGUCGGGCCCAACGCUGAGCCCAGGUUUAGAGAUGAGUUCGUCCUCCCUCAUUUGCACAAGCUGGCUUUGGGCAACAACAUGCAGACAGCGGAGAACAAGCGGAUGGACAUAGCCAGCCAGCUGUUUGAGGCCUACAGUGCUCUGUCCUGCUGCUUUAUUUCUGAAGAAAUUAUGGUAAAUCAUUUUCUUCCUGGUCUGAGGUGCCUGCGAACAGACAUGGAGCAUCUUUCUCCAGAACAUGAGGUUAUUCUCAGCUCCAUGAUUAAGGAGUGUGAACUGAAGGUGGAAAACCGGGGCAUUGGAGAGGCACAAGGGUCCAUGUCCAUUGCGGCGAGUUUAGUGGGCGAAGACGCAAAGACCAAGUUUCUGAGUAAGAUGGGUCAGCUGACCACCUCAGGUGCCAUGCUGGCCAACGUUUUCCAGAGAAAGAAGUGAAUGAGUGCUGCUGGGGAAGUUUCCCAUGACCCUCUGCUGUCUGGGGCCUCCUACUUGAAGUCAAUCGUCUGCCUUUAUUUUGAUUAUUUCAUUCGUCUUUACUUUUUUGAUAGGCUCUGUUUUAUAUCUUAUUUAUGUCUUAAAUGUUUAUUCUGACUUCCAAAGAAAAUGCACUUUUUUUUGUUCUGUUUUGAAAAUUCAGUUUUAUUUCAGAGUCUUAUUUACAUCACUACAAAACUUUCGCUUUGUUUUCUUUUGGAAAUGUGAAAUUUAUGAGGAAACAAAAAAUGAACUUUAAUGAUUCCUUCCUUGUCUUGCCCUCUUCAUGUGUUGCAGUGUCUCUGGAAGCUGUUUUCUAUAAUUGUGUGUAAUUUACUCUGGAUUUUGUUUUUGUUUUCUUUUUGGAUAUGCUGACACAGUAAAUAACUGUACAAUACACUGAGAUAGAACAUACCUGUAUCAUGUAUAUUGGAAAUUGGUGUCAUAAUAAAAAAGGUGAAGAACAGGUGUUCUUAUAAAUA